AUGAAGCUUAUCUGCAUUUCCACUCUCGUAGCCAUCCUAGCUGCAACAACCAUUGCCAGACCUGUAGUCAACGAUGCCACAGCGCUUCAAAGACGCGAUACCUUCACCACAAACGGAAGGAUAACUGGUAGCGGCAACAACGGCAACGGUGUUGGAAAUAUUCAAAAUAGUGGUAACAGACCUAACAAGCGUAACACCUUCACCACAGGCGGAAGCAUUACUGGUAGCGGCAACAAUGGUAACGGUGUUGGAAAUAUUCAAGAUAGUGGGAACAGGGUUGGCAACGCUGGUGCCGAUACUUUCACCACAAACGGAAUGAUCACUGGCAACGGCAACAACGGCAACGGCGUUGGAAAUAUUCAAAAUAGUGGUAACAGACCUAACAAGCGUGACACCUUCACCACAGGCGGAAGCAUCACUGGUAACGGCAACAAUGGUAACGGUGUUGGAAAUAUUCAAGGUAGUGGAAACAGAGGUAGCAACGUUGGUGCCGAUACUUUCACCACAAACGGAAUGAUCACUGGCAACGGCAACAACGGAAACGGCGUUGGAAAUAUUCAAAAUAGUGGUAACAGACCUAACAAGCGCGAUACCUUCACCACAAACGGAAGGAUAACUGGUAGCGGCAACAACGGCAACGAUGUUGGAAAUAUUCAAAAUAGUGGUAACAGACCUAACAAGCGUAACACCUUCACCACAAACGGAAGCAUCACUGGUAACGGCAACAAUGGUAACGGUGUUGGAAAUAUUCAAAAUAGUGGUAACAGGCUUGGAAACGCUGGUGCCGAUACUUUCACCACAAACGGAAGGAUAACUGGUAACGGCAACAACGGCAACAAUGUUGGAAGUAUUCAAAAUAGCGGUAACGUACCUCCUAACAAGCGUGACACCUUCACCACAAACGGAAGCAUCACUGGUAGCGGCAACAAUGGUAACGGUGUUGGAAAUAUUCAAGGUAGUGGGAACAGGCUUGGCAACGCUGGUGCUGAUACUUUCACCACAAACGGAGUGAUCACUGGCAACGGCAACAACGGCAAUGGUGUUGGAAAUAUUCAAAAUAGUGGGAACAGACCUAAUUAA